UUUCCGCCGGCUGGUCCGUCGGCGUGUCCGGCCGCACCACGGUGCGAACCGAGUAAGGCGGACGGGGCGGCCCCGCCCGGGUGUAUGCAGCCACGGGGGAGACGCAACUGCCGGGGGCAGGCAGCGGGACGCUGACGGGGUGGAGCUGCCCGAGGAGUGAGCGCCCUGGGCCCUGGAGGACCUGACCUGGCUGACCUCCCAAGCCGACAGUCCAGCUGAGCCCCAGCAGCAUGGAUGCCCCGAGGAAGGACAUGGAGCUACUCAGCAACAGCCUGGCGGCCUAUGCACACAUCCGAGCUAACCCUGAGAGCUUCGGCCUUUACUUCGUGCUGGGCGUCUGCUUCGGCCUGCUGCUGACCUUGUGCCUGCUAGUCAUCAGCAUCUCCUGUGCGCCUCGCUCGAGGCCCCGGGCCCCUGCUCUGCGCCGGGACCCUCGAGGCAGCACCCUAGAGCCGGAGGAUGAGGAUGAUGAGGAUGAAGACACCAUGACGAGGCUGGGCCCCGAUGACACACUCCCGGGCCAGGAGCUGUCUACCGAGCCCGACGGGCCCCUUAGUGUCAAUGUCUUCACAUCAGCAGAAGAGCUGGAGCGCGCACAGAGGCUGGAGGAACGUGAGCGAAUCCUUCGGGAGAUCUGGCGCACCGGGCAGCCAGACCUGCUGGGCACCGGCACGCUUGGGCCCGGAGCCACUGCCACGGGCACACUGGGCCGCAUGCACUAUUAUUGACACACGACUCCACUUCAUGGGUCCCUGCGUACUGGACAUGGGAUUGAACCCAGUGCUGCCCCAGGGCCUUUAAACUGCCUCUGCCCUCCUGGUCCUGCCCAAACUGAUUCUCCUGGUGCUAUUGAGCGUGGAUUGCCGCCUGCUAAGCACUCUUCACUGGGCAGGUGUGGGUGGGAAAAGAAUGCCAGGUCCCACCUUCUCCUCCUGGUAAUAAUGAAUGACCAAUGGAAGCUAGUCUCAGUGACUCAGUCUCUCACUCAGCAGGCCCUCGGGCUCCAGCCUUGCAGGGGGGUCCCAGGGCUGUGGGUCUCACUGCUUUUGCUGGUUGCAGCCCCCUCUGGGCGGGUCCAUCCAGUGCAUGCUUAUGCUCACUUCACAGACCAGACCGAGACACGCCUUUUUGCACUUGAACACAGGACAGGUAUUACAGGCAUUCCUCACAAAUAUGUUCCUUACUAGCCAGCAGCGCUUGGACAGAUGUCACCUAGUCCCCUGCCCUAUGACCUACCCUGGGAUGUCACUGCAGUCACACAGGGAAGCCUAAG